AUUACUCCGUCUGUGCAUUGCAAAAUUAAUUUGCAAUGCCGUGAUAUUUACUCCCGAAGUUUGCCAGUCUUGAUUACGGACUGAGAAUCUGUAUGCAAACAAACGGGUGGCAAUUCUGUGAAACAGGACGUCAAUGUGGGGACACAUUGAAACUGAGGAAGGCAAAUGAGGUCACAUACGAUUCAUGCGGUUAUGGCGCGGAUUGUUCGAAUAUCACUGCAUGAACCAUCCUGCAGCCACUCGUACGGAUGCAAAGUUGUAACAAGGCUUAACGAGAGUUAUAGAUGCCCACCAAGUAUUUCUUUGCAGGUCACUUUGUGUUGGACAGCUGUCUGCUGUGAAGAAUGGAGUCUUUGACAGAAGAACGCGCUGCAAAAGCUGCCAACGAAACGCAGGCGUCGACAGCAGCCGCGUUCGCUUCAUUCCUUCGUUCCUGUUCUUCAAGCAACUGUACGUGCUGCUCUGGAAGAACGUGUACAUCAAGCGGCUGCUUCGCCACUACACCACCACCCUGCUGGAGAUCGCCUUCAUCGUGGCCCUGCUGUCGGGGAUUCAGGAGGACUCCGUGGUCCGGGAGCCCCUGGAGCGCCGCCCCGAUACCUAUUACAAACCGAUGCACCCGGACGCUUACUGGAACACGCAACAUGACCUGGCCUACAUUACUAAGGUGUACUACUACCCGUCGCGCAACCGGUACCUGUCCCGGCUGACGCGCGAGGCCUUCCACACGCUGGGCGUCAGCGAGGUGAUCGGGCUGCAUACGAUGCGCCAGCUGCAGAUGGUCCACCCGCCGCGAAAGGAUUCGAAAGUGAAGGCGCGUCCGGCGCGCUCCGUGGCUCUGAGGUUCACCGGCGUGGCCCACAACGACACCGACACCGAGCCCGUCAACCUGCACGUCUCGUUCAUGGCCGGGUACCUGCCUUUCGACUUGCAGGUGAACUACCGGCAGAGGCUCAUCUCCCAGCCCAACGGACCCGUGGAGGAGGAGCGGUUUCCGGAGAUGCACACCUUGCUGCCCAUCAUGGGGGCGCUGCAGCAGCGACACCUCGAGCUGCAGGCCGAGCGGCUGCGCGAGCCGCCGCCGAAGGAAGUGCGCCUGCGCCGGUUUCCGUUCCCGGCUUACAUCGUGCACCAAGACCAGAAGAACUACGCCCUGGUGCUGACGCGCUUCUGCAUCGGCAUGCUCAUCCCGUUCACCGUGCUCGUCGCCAGGCUCACCGACGAGAAGGCCACUGGUAUGCGCGAGCUGCUGCGCGUGAUGGGCCUCAGCGACUGGGUGUACUGGGCCAGCCACUACCUGAGCGCCUUCUUCAUGCACUCCAUCAUCGUGUCGCUCAUGCUGCUCUUCACCUGCGUCAAGCGCAAUGAGGAAGGACGAGCCUUCAUACAGUUCAGCGACCCCACUCUGCUGUUCGUCAUACUCAACUUCUUCUGCAGCCAGUGCCUCAUGCACGGCUUCGCCCUGUCCAUGUUCUUCGCACACCCGCAUUCCGCGAUCGCCGGCGCCAUGCUGUACUGGACCUUCAGCAACGCAAUGCCCUUCCUGCUUCUGGAGCACGCUGGAGGACAGGGCUACUACUACAUCGCCCGCCAGGACAAACUGCUCACCGCCAUCUUUCCCGGAAUGAGUUUACACUGGAGCUUCCGUGUACUGGAACGCUUCGAAAAGUUCGUGGAACGGGGCGCCAAUUGGGGCAACUUCUACGACCCCGUCGCGACCCCUGACAACGUGACGCUCGCCGAGAUCGUGUUCGUGGGGUUCACCUUCGACUGUAUCCUGGCAGCCUUCAUCUGGUACUUCGACAACGUUUUCUGCCUCGGGCCGGGCGUCCACAAGCCUUUCCACUACCCGCUGAAGCUUGGCUACUGGCUUCCGAGGAUGACCUUCGUCGCAGCUAUGCCGACGUCAAGAGGAGGCGAUGAUCUGCUCAACUUCGAAGCCGAACCCACGUACCAGGCGGUGGCUGUCGAGCUCGUCAACGCAUGCAAGGACUACGACGGUGUGGUCGCCGUCGACGACGCCUGCCUGCGAAUCUACAACAACCAGAUCACUGUGCUGCUCGGGCACAACGGUGCUGGGAAGACCACCCUUCUGAACAUGAUCACUGGCUUCGUGGACUGCACCUCGGGGAGCGCCCUUGUCGGCGCCUACGACGUAAGGAUCUGCACCCGCGACGCCCGCCAGAGCAUCGGCUACUGCCCCCAGUACAAUGUCUUGUUCGACGACCUCACCGUCGAGGAGCACCUCAUGUUCUUCGCCAUCAUCAAGGGCAUUCCGCUGAACAAGGUCCAGCUGGAGGUGGUGACCCUUCUGCACGACGCCAGCCUCAUGGAACACCGUUCGGUACUGGCUGUAAACUUGGUGCCUGGUCUACAGCGACGCCUGUGCACCGCGAUUGCCAUCGUGGCCACUCCUAAGUUGGUGAUCCUGGACGAGCCGACGACCAACAUGGACCAGGACGGCUGCCGCGACCUCUGGGAGCUGCUGCUCAAGCUUCGGCGCACCACCUGCGUCUUGAUGACCACGCAGCAACUGUACGAGGCCGAUGUGCUUGGCGAUCGCGUCGCCGUCAUGGCCAACGGCCGCAUACGGUGCUGCGGCGCGCCGACGUUCCUGAAGCAGCGCUUCGGUACCGGCUACCGCAUGAACAUCACCAAGAUGCAACGGAAGUGCAAGGUGGCGACCAUCACGACCUUGCUGCGCAAGUACGCGCCCAAGGCGCGCGUCCAGAGUGACUCGGACAACGAGGUGGUCUUCAUCAUCGGCCAGAUGAUAGCCACCAAGAUCAUCAUCGAGAUGUUCAGGGACCUGGAGUCCCGCACCGAGGAGCUGGGCGUCGAGUCCGUCGGCCUGUCCAUGACGUCGCUGGAGGAUGUGCUGAUCCGCGUGGGCGAGGAGUACCACGUGCACCGCUCGCAGCGCAAGAAGGAGCGCGAAGACGACGCCGCCGGCGCCGUCGAGACCAAGGUACCGUGCUGUGGUACAACGGCCAGAUCCAGCACACGGCGCCGCUGGUGAUGACGGGGUUCAACAGCGCGCGGCUGCGCAACAUCACCAAGUCUGCAACGGCCAAGAUUAGCUUCAACGUGGCGGCACCGCCGCGCCACGGCAAGGGCGUCUCGUCGACCAAGGCCGAGU